AUGAACAAUCAAAAAUUCAUUGGAAUUUUUCUUUUAUUCAUUUUAUUUGCUUAUUGUGUUCGCAAGGUUGAGGGAGGUAGCGACGAUGAAACUGAGGUGAAUGAGGCAACUAAUAAGUGUGGAGAAGGAUCGGGAACUCAAGAAAAUGCGGAAGAUAAAAAAGUGGGGAGAGGGAGAACUAUACGCAAUAACAGGCAUAAAAAGAAGAAAAGAAUAAUGGAACGAUUAGAAAGAGGUAUUUAG